AUGCAAUGGGUAAAUAACAAGAAUAACUCGAGCUGUACAUAUGUUUCUGAAGAACAUUUUGACAACAUGGAAGUAGAUAGUAUUGACAAUGACAAUAACAAUGAUUAUGAUUACGAAAACAAAAGCAAAGGCGAAUAUGCAGAUGAAAAUGAAGAACAAAACAUUGAAUUUGAUCAAGAAGUUGACUUACCUUUGUCCCAAGAAGAGUUUAUCUUUACUGCCGAAGAUACAAUUACAGGAGUAUUUGUGGUUGAUGGCAAUAAGAUUGAAGAAGGCAAUACCGGUUUUGAUUUUGAACAAGAAGAAAACUUUGAUGAGACUAGUGGAAUCUCAAUAGUAGAAUCAGUUUGUUUUUUGUCUUUUGAUAACAUGCCCUUGUAUAUCCGCUUUGUUGCAGUAUUCAUUAUCAUAUUUCACUUGAUCUUUUUGAUGGAAAGCGGUGGAUUGAUUCUCAUUGAGUUUUGCAAUACUCUACUGCCUCUCUGUGAUAUGUCUGGCGCCCUUCCAUUGACGAUCAAUAGCUUGAAGCAUAAAACAGAAUUUAACAUGGCAACAGAUGGAAUAAUAGUAUACAUUGCCUACUCACAAUGUCAUUCGAUUUAUCCUCAAGAAACAAGUCAAAGAGUCUGUACAUUUAAGAAAUUCUCUAAAUCCGCCAUUUGCAAUAACAAUCUCUUUAAAGUGUCAACUGGAAACCAUUCUCUUUCAGCAAUGAUAUAUCCAUUCAACUCUCUGAAGUACGCCUUGCAACAAAAAUUCUCCAAGCCAGAUUUCCGAAUGAUUCAGAUAUGGCGCAAGUGUAACUGCAUCAAUGAAAAGAAUCAGUUAACUAUGCAAGAGCUUGCCAAUGGUAUUGUUGUACCUUGUGGAUAUGUGUGUAUAAUAAAGAAGAUUGCCGAUGGUUUUUCGUUCAUGAAAGCUGAUGAGUGGAAGUCGUGGUGCGUCAUAUACUCUCUAUUUGUUCUGAAGCAUGUGCUCCAAGCCAAGAAUCUCAAAAACUGGAUUUUGUUUGUUGACGCAUGCCACUUACUCACAAAACCUUCAAUCAAAGACAAAGAAAUAGACGAAGCCCACAGUAAACUCCAAUUGUUUUGUACAAGAUUUCAGACACUGUAUGAAAAAUCGGCCAUGACACCGAACACUAGAAAAACAUACGGGAAUUACCAUGUACAAAGUUAA